CUGGGCUUGACUUGACUGACGGGAUGAGAAGCCGUCCCCAGAGAUCUACGUUGAGAGCUGAUAUGCCGCAAGGCACUGUCUCAGAUGAGCGGCUGUUGGGGUGUUCUGGUAUCGUGUGUUGCCGUCGUCCGUCCUCAUUUGUCCGUCUGUGUGUAUGUGUGUGUGUGUCUCGUCCCUCCCCCUCGUCGGGCCGUCCCGCCGGUAUCGUCCGGGCGUCCUCCUGUCGUCCGGCCGUCCGCUGUACGUCGUGCCGUCUGCCCGCCCCGGCAGGUCUGCCUGGCGUCGUUCGCCACCUACGUACUGGUCGACUCCGAUAACGUACUCGACAGUCGGCGCGCGUUCGUGGCGCUGGCGCUGUUCAACGCGCUGCGCUUCCCCCUCUCCAUGCUGCCCAUGAUCACCAUCAGCGCCGUACAGGCCAACGUGUCGCUAACGCGUAUGAACAAGUACCUGAACAGUGACGACCUGGACGACCAGGCCGUGUCUCACGACACCACCGAGAGUGAUCCGGUGGUGGUGGAGAACGGCACGUUCACGUGGGACCCCGAGUCGACGCCCUACCUGCAGGACAUCAACAUGCGCGUCAAGGAGGGCAGCCUGGUGGCCGUCGUGGGCACCGUCGGCUCCGGCAAGUCGUCUCUGCUCAGCGCGCUGCUCGGAGAGAUGGAGAAGGUCGGCGGACGCGUCAACACCAAGGGCAAUGUGGCGUACGUGGCGCAGGAGGCCUGGAUCCAGAACGCCACGCUCAAGGAUAACAUCCUGUUCGGCCGCACGCUGGACGAGGACCUGUAUAACCGCUGUGUGGACGCCUGCGCGCUGCGGAGCGACUUUGAGAUGCUGCCCGGCGGAGACAAGACAGAAAUCGGCGAGAAGGGUAUCAACCUGUCUGGUGGCCAGAAGCAGCGCGUGGCGCUGGCUCGCGCCGUCUACAGUAACAGUGACAUCUACUUCUUGGACGAUCCGCUGUCGGCCGUCGACUCACACGUCGGAAAACACAUAUUCGAGAACGUCAUCGGGCCCGAGGGUAUGCUCAGCAAAAAGACUCGCAUUCUGGUGACGCACGGCAUCACCUACCUGCCGUACACGGACACAAUCACGGUGCUGAAGGAGGGCCGCGUCUCGGAGACGGGGCCCUACAAGCAGCUGAUGGACAACAAGGGCGCCUUCUCCGAGUUCCUGCUCCAGUACCUGACAGAGGCCGGCGAAGACGAGGACGUAGAGGAACUGGAUGAGAUCAAGCACCAGCUGGAGGAGACUAUGGGCCGCCAGGAGCUGCAGCGACAGAUGUCCCGCGUCAAACGCGAGUCCGAGUGUCCCAGCGAGGACGGCAGUAUACCGGAACUGAAGAGUGACGAGGUGACCGAACUGCUCGGCUCUCGGCACUCGAUCACGUCGGUCCACACGAUACAAGUGAAGAGCAGCAGGUCGGCGUCUGUGAUCAGCGGAGAGCGAAACGGCAGCUUACGUCGCCGUAAGAGCAGUCAGACUAAGGACGAGGCCGUUCAGCAGACCCUGCAGCCGCAGCCGGUCGCCCCCGCUACUGAACAGAAGGCCGGCGCCAAGCUGAUCGAGGUGGAAAAAUCCGAGACCGGAAAGGUUCAGCUGGCAGUCUACGGGUACUACAUGAAGUCGGUCGGCGUUUUCCUCACCAUGCUCACCUUCAUGUUGUACGUCGCUGCGCAGGCGUGCAGCGUCGGCUCCAACAUCUGGCUCUCCAACUGGACUGAGGAUGUGGAACACUUCAACGACACACACACGCGUAACGUCUACCUGGGAGUGUACGGAGCACUAGGAUUCGGACAGGCUCUGUUCGUGCUCUUCCCGUCUAUUGUGAUGGCCUACGGCAUGAUGCGCGCGUCUCAGCUUCUGCAUAGCCACAUCCUGUCGCGGCUCUUCCACAACCCGCUGUCGUUCUUUGACACCACGCCGCUGGGACGUAUCGUCAACCGGUUCAGCAAGGACGUGGACAUGAUGGACAACACGCUGCCGUUCAACAUCCGCUCCUGGAUUAACUGUCUCUUCUCUGUGCUGGGUACGUUCUUUGCCAUCAUUUACGCCACGCCCAUCUUCCUGGCCGUGGUGAUUCCUCUGCUCGGAGUCUACUACUUCAUGCAGCUGGUGUACGUGUCCACCUCGCGGCAGCUGAAGCGACUCGAGUCAGUCUCUCGGUCACCCAUCUACUCACACUUUUCCGAGACCAUCACAGGCUCCAUGACAAUCCGCGCCUACGGCAAGGUGCAGGACUUUAUGCUGCAGUCGGAGGCCAAGGUGGACGACAACCAGGCCUGCUACUAUCCGUCCAUGAUCGCUAAUAGGUGGCUGUCGUUCCGGCUGGACAUGAUCGGCACCUGCAUCACCUUCUUCGCCUCUCUGUUCGCCGUGCUGGCGCGCGACUCAAUCGACGUCGGCCUGGUCGGCAUGUCCGUCUCCUACGCCAUGCAGGUGACGCAGACGCUCAACUGGCUGGUGCGCAUGACGUCCGACGUCGAGACCAACAUCGUGGCCGUCGAGCGCAUCAAGGAGUACUCUGAGACGCCCCAGGAGGCCGUCUGGGUGGACGAGAGCCGGCCCCGUCCGCCGCCCGAGUGGCCACAGUCGGGCCGCGUGCAGUUCAACAACUACCAGACGCGCUACCGGCCCGGACUCGAGCUCGUCCUCAAGGGCAUCGACGCCGACAUCGCCGGCGGCGAGAAAAUCGGCAUCGUCGGCCGCACCGGCGCCGGAAAGUCGUCACUGACGCUGGCGCUGUUCCGCAUCAUCGAGGCGGCCGCCGGAGAUAUCACGCUGGACGGGAUCCGCAUCAGCGACAUCGGCCUGCACGACCUGCGGUCCAAGAUCACCAUCAUCCCGCAGGACCCCGUGCUGUUCUCGGGUACCCUGCGUCAGAACCUGGAUCCUUUCGACCAGUACUCGGACGACCAGGUCUGGGCCGCCCUGGAGCACUCCCAUCUGAAGACGUUCGUCAAGGGACUGGCCGCCGGGCUGCAGCAUGAGAUCAGCGAGGGCGGCGGCAACCUCAGUGUUGGCCAGCGUCAGCUGAUCUGCCUGGGCCGCGCGCUGCUCCGUAAGACCAAGAUUCUGGUGCUGGACGAGGCCACUGCAGCGGUGGACCUGGAGACGGACGACCUGAUCCAGGCCACCAUCCGAUCCGAGUUCGCCGACUGCACGGUGCUCACCAUCGCGCAUCGGCUCAACACCAUCAUGGACAGCACCAGGGUGAUGGUGCUGGACGCGGGCCGCAUCAAGGAGAUGGCGCCGCCGUCGCAGCUGCUGGCAGACAAGAGCUCGGCCUUCUACAGUAUGGCCAAGGACGCCGGCCUGGUAUAGUGGCGGCGCGGCGCGCGGCGCGCCAGCGUUCUCAGGCAGCUGGGCAGCAGGGCGGGUCGGCCGGCCGCCGGCGGCCGGUCGACUCGGUAGCGGUGCCCGUACACCACUGUGACCUCCGCCCGGACUCUGUGUCUGCGUGUGUCAGUCUGAGUGUGCCUGUGUCGGUCUGAUGAAGAGCGCCGCGCACGGCGGAGAGCGCGUGUGUAUCGUUUACGCACUGUGUGUGUAUGAAAAGCGGUGGAGCGAGUGAGAGUGAGAGACGAGUCGUGGACGAUCCUGCCAGACGAGUCGUUUGUUACUAUUUGUAUCUGGUAUUCGUCGCUCCCUGCGAUACCUGUAGUGUUCUAGAUGUGAUGUGGCGACUACUUGAUCCAUGUAUCGGGACUUGGCUCGGAGCGGCUAGGACUCCGGCUGGCGCUGAUUGUUUGUUUGUGCGGUGCCGAGGCAUACCGAUGCUGCCAGGAGCUGGUGUCGAGUGGAGGAUCGUUUGUGGAGUUUCGUGAUGACGGAUUAGAUUGCUGGGGGGGGGGGGGGGGGGGCGAUUUCAUGACAUUGUACCCGGAUGGGGCCACGGCCACGAGUGAUUGCAGUAGGCGGGUAUUGACGUCAGGGCAGGCGCCGGAGGGGCGAGAGCCGCGGGCCGCGCGCGCCCCGGCGACCGCAGCGUUCAGAUUGCCAGUGAAGACAGUCGCAUCAUCGAACUACAAUACACGUUACUCGGUUA